AUAGUUAGGAUGCUGCUGGAGCGGAAGGAUGUUAAAAUUAACGGCCUUGAUUGCGGGGGUCGGACAGCACUCAAUUGGGCGGCAACCAAUGGGCACAAGGAUAUAGUAGGAUUGCUAUUGGAACGGUGGGACCUCGAUAUCAACAUAGGCGAUCACGUAGGGCGGACAGCAAUACACUCCGCUAUAGCCAAAGGACACGUAGCAGUGUUCAAAAUGCUAAUGGCUCAC